GUCUCUGGCGGGAAGGACAGGACACAACGAGGCAUCGAGAAUGGAUCGAAGAAAGUUGCCUCUAGGCGCUGCAAUUGCCACACAAACAUGAAGAGAAAUGACAUUCCUGAGGUUGACUUGCUCCCGGUCUAACAUGAGACACUUCUGUGUGGGGUUAUUUUAGGAAAGUGAAGGCAACCAUAAUGGAAAAGGUGUAUGUUAUUGUGUAUGUGGUAACCAGGCAUUUGACAUAAUGUGCCCUGUAAAGUCA